GUACAGCUAACCCCUCCGGUUUCUGCGUCCACUGCCACGUUAGUAGCGGUAGACACAAAAAUACCAGCUACUCCCCCAACCCUAAACAAGAAAAAAAAAACUCACGAACCGACACGAAUUUCUCUACUAACCCGCAGCUCUCAUCUCUGUGUUUAAGAAGAAAACUCGACGGUAACUAUGUUUAAGUUCUGGCUCUUGUGUACACUGGCCGUUGCCAGCAGAGCUGACAUCGCAGAAGAAGAAGACGUCUUGGUGCUGAAGAAAAGUAACUUCGAUGAGGCUCUCCAGGCUCAUCCCAACAUCUUGGUUGAGUUCUAUGCACCAUGGUGCGGCCACUGCAAGGCCCUAGCCCCAGAGUACGCCAAGGCUGCCGGCAUGCUGAAGGCAGAGGGCUCAGAAAUCCGCCUGGGCAAAGUGGACGCCACUGAGGAGAGCGAGCUAGCUCAGGAGUUCGGUGUCCGGGGGUAUCCCACCAUCAAGUUCUUUAAGGGCGGAGAGAAGCAGUCUCCGAAGGAGUACUCUGCUGGCAGGCAGGCAGAUGACAUCGUCAACUGGCUGAAGAAGCGUACAGGACCUGCUGUCUCCACCCUGACUGAGGUCACUACGGCAGAGUCCCUGAUUGCUGACAAUGAGGUGGCAGUCAUUGGAUUCUUUAAGGACGCCCAGUCCGCUGAUGCCAAAGCCUUGGAAAAAGCAGCUGAAGCCAUAGAUGACGUUCCCUUCGCUAUGACCUCCGACAGUGAUAUCUACUCAAAGUUUGAGGUGUCCAAAGAUGGCAUCAUCCUCUUCAAAAAGUUCGAUGAAGGUCGCAAUAUCUUCGAUGGAGAAGUGACAAAGGAGAACCUGUUGGCUUUUGUUAGGGGCAACCAGCUGCCACUGGUCAUCGAGUUCACUGAGCAGACUGCUCCAAAAAUCUUCGGCGGAGACAUCAAGUCCCACAUCCUCAUGUUUCUGCCUAAAGCUGCUUCAGACUUUGAUGAGAAAAUGAACCACUUUAAGAAAGCUGCUGAGGGGUUCAAGGGUCAGAUCCUGUUCAUCUUCAUCGACAGCGACAUCGACGACAACCAGCGCAUCCUGGAGUUCUUCGGCCUGAAGAAGGAGGACUGCCCCGCCAUCCGCCUCAUCACACUGGAGGACGAGAUGACAAAGUACAAGCCGGAGAGCAGCGACAUCACAGCAGAGAGCAUCACAAAGUUCUGCACGCUGUUUGUUGAGGGCAAACUAAAGGCCCACCUCAUGAGCCAAGACAUCCCUGAAGACUGGGACAAGAACCCUGUCAAGAUUUUGGUCGGCAAAAAUUUCGAGGAGGUUGCAUUCAAUCCUUCAAAGAACGUCUUUGUUGAAUUCUAUGCUCCUUGGUGUGGGCACUGCAAACAGCUGACACCCAUCUGGGAGCAGCUGGGAGAGAAGUUCAAGGACAGCCCUGACACCAUCGUGGCCAAGAUGGACUCCACAGCCAAUGAGAUUGAAGCAGUCAAAGUCCACAGCUUCCCUACGCUAAAGUUCUUCCCUGCAGGAGAUGGCCACCAGGUGAUUGAUUAUAAUGGUGAGAGAACACUGGAGGGCUUCACAAAGUUCUUGGAGAGUGGAGGUAAAGAGGGAGGCGCCCCUGCAGGAGAUGAUGACGACCUGGAUACAGAUGACUUGGAAGAUGUGGAUGAUUCAGAUGCCGAGGAUGGAGGCGACGAUGAUGGGCACGACGAGUUGUAAGAGUUGCAGAAGGAGAGAGGGAAAGAGGAGACCCACCCCAACCUUUCCAACCAGUCACCAUCACUACCUUGCUUCCUUGUGGACCUUCCCUGUCCUGUGAACAUUAACAGUCCACCUUAAACUGCCUUUCAGUAAAGCCAGCCUGAGAACCAACCAGUCAGUCCAUCCAGGGAUGGUUGAGCAGUUUUUUUUGAGGGGGUUUUACCAUCUACAUCUUUAAUUUCGCACGUUCUACCCAGACUGGUCUUGUCCUUCCUGGGGGAUCCUUGAAACAGCGCAUCUUCUCUGUGGGAGACCUAAUGCCUUGUACACAAGGCUCCUCAUCUUUAUAGCCUUGUAUAUUUUGGACCAGUUGAUUAAAAAUGGCAUUGAUGUCCAGUUUUUGAAAUGCUAAUUUUCCUAAUGAGUUUGACUCCCAUCUGUAAAAUAAGUCUUGCCAUUGUUCAGUGUUGGUUUGAGCUGGGUGAAGUUAAAGGUGAGGGGGCUGCCAGUGUUCUUCUCUCAAAGAAAUCCAGAGGACCAGUGGGUAUUGCAAGGACCGUCUCAGGGGACAAGGGGCCAUCUUUUUUUUUUUUCGGUUUUUAUAUAUAUAUAUUUUUUAAAGUAAACUCCAUCAGUGUAGCACACAGAAUACCCCCUCCUCACAUCUGUAGCCGAGACCAGUUAUUUUCGAUCUUCCAACAGGGGGUGGGGUAUCAUUGCUUCAUUCCCAGAUAUUUCAGUUCUUUCUCCUCAUGUCGGCAUAUCUACUGACUUAUUUUUGUCUAAAAGAACAGUUAACGUUUGAGUAAAAUCUUUUAUUUAAUUGCUUUCACAUUGGGGUAUUUGUGUUUUUAAUUUCUCAUUUUUAUUGGACCAUCGUGCCCAGGUCCUGCCAGCUGGCCCUGUGGGGGCAGACUUGGCCCCUGCUCACCCUGUCAGUCCUGUAGGGGGUGACCAGAGCCAGUUCUGAUAGGUCACACUGCAUUCAUGCCUGAUCAGAGAUUCACUGUGGUUACUGAAACAGACUGACGCAGUUUAGUCUAAGUGUCGACUUAUACCUGAAGUUAUGAGGGAACAGGUGCACAGCCCCACUCCUUACCCACGCUGCAGUGUCCUGCAUCUCUUUUGGCUCUAUUCGGUACCCUUAGCUGCCACAGUGCCGUGUGAACAAGUGUGAUGAAUGGUUGUUUUUUGUUUGAGAGAAUGUAAACGUGUGUCUGAGCACAGAGGGGGUCGAGUAGAGCGAGGGAUGGGUGUCAGUCAGCGGUGGGAGGGGGGUGGACUAACGAAGCAUUCCAUCAUAUUCAAAUUAAUGUGGAAAAUGUGAAAUGGUGGCCAAUAAUAAAAGAAAAAUGGAAA